AUGAGAGCCGCUAGGUUGUACGCGCUCUUCUUUGGAUCGGAGUACAACUGACGUUGUUAGCCCAUUCUGCAUCUUUGGCGACAUUUUAGAACCAACAACAUUAAAAUCUCUAUAUAUUUUCCCCAAACAGAAUAGCAUAGUCCAAAGAACAUGAAUCCGCCGUGUAGCAGAUGUAACAAGACCGUGUACCCAACGGAAAAAGUUAAUUGUCUGGACAAGUACUGGCACAAAGGAUGUUUCAGCUGCGAGGUCUGUAAAAUGACCCUGAACAUGAAGAACUACAAAGGCUUUGAUAAGAAGCCAUAUUGCAGCCAACACUACCCAAAAACCUCUUUCACCAGUGUGGCCGACACUCCAGAGAACAUCCGUCUGAAACAGCAGAGCAAGAUGCAGAGUCAGGUGCUGUACAAAGAGGAUUUUGAGAAGAAUAAAGGAAAAGGUUUCAGUGUGGUUACUGACACGCCAGAGAUGCAGAGAAUCAAGAAAACACAGGAACAAAUUAGCAACAUUAAGUACCAUGAGGAAUAUGAAAAAAGCAGAAUGGGAGGGGAAGUCCCGCCCUCUGAGAGCAAUGCCAAUCAAGCCUACCAGCCCCAGGGAGCCAACCCACAGAACUACAACUAUGAGCCACAGCCAGUACGCUCCGCUGGAGCUCCACCGCCCCCUAGUGGUGGGAAACGGUACCGGGCUGUGUAUGACUAUGCUGCAGCUGAUGAAGAUGAGGUGUCGUUUAUGGAUGGAGAUGUGAUUCUGGAUGUGCAGCAAAUCGAUGAAGGGUGGAUGUUUGGUCGUGUGGAGCGUACAGGUCAGCAGGGCAUGCUCCCAGCUAACUACGUAGAGCCCCUCUGAAUGACAGAACAAGAAAACAAGAGAGCAAAGGGGCAGAGAGGAAACAGAGAUUGAGAAGGAUGCAAGAAGGAAUACAUUACAACCCCAGUACCAUCUCAUUUUAAUAGGUUUUUUUUUUGUCCUUUGCAGUAUGUUCAAAUUUAAUUAAAACAGAAACUCAGUAAGAUAUGCAAGUAGGGGUUGGUUAGGUUCAAUGCUUUCAUCAUCUUCAAAACAAAUACGACCCUUGGUUUGAGUAAUUGUUAUUUUCUUUUUUCCUAUACUCCCAUUCACGGUGCUGUAAAAUGAUUUUGGUGAGUCUAUGCAUUGCUUCGCUACUGCAUUUAGAUUUUUACACAAAUAUUUCACUAUGUUUGGGUUCAGUGUGAAGUGAAUGGAAGGAUCUGCGGGAGAAAGUACAAUAAGGGAACAGAGACUCUUUGAGGAAAGUCUGAGUCAAAAGACUGCAGUGUCUGCUGGGAAAUGUAGUUUAUUUUAAAUCAGGAACUUACCUGGUUGAUGUCCAAUAUUUCAGAGAGUCAAGUCUUAAACAGAGACAACCAGCAGACAUGGCAAAGUGCAGGUUUAUAACUCUUAGACUACUGAAGGUGCACUUUGCGGGGAAAUAUACCAAAAAUUUUUGAGGGUUUUAUAUUAAAAAGAAACAAGGCAAAAAUAUAGUCUUGCUAGUAGGUGCAGUGCUUUGCAAAAAAAAAAAAGCUGAACUCCUUACAGAAAAUGAAUAAGAUCAACCCCCCAAAAAAGUUGAUUUUAUUCUAAAAACAUGUAUAGCCAGAUCAAUGACUUUUAUCAUUCCAUUGUCAUUUUGUAAUAAAGCAUUCCAGUACAUUAUAUU